AAAUAAAGUGCCGCCAACAUAAAACAAACAAAAACCCUGCGAUAACAAUCAAAACAACGCCAUCAAUUAGGUGUCACAUUGGCAGCCAUGCAAAACCCACGUGCGUUUUGACGUUUAACAGCCAUAACCUCACAAUAUACGAAAAUGACAGAUUUGCCUGAAUCUAAAAACUUUAAAACGCUUUAUUCCUACGACACUGUGUACUGCGCGGAUUCCCUGGAGUGGUGCCCCUUCGAACCUCAUCAAAAUUUGUUUGUAUGUGCUAAUUACCAGCUGUUAGACGCGGAAAAUAAAAAUGAUGAUUUGCCCAAGGAGAGAGUUGGGAGGAUAUUGUUGUUCUCCGUGGAUAAAGAUGAUGGGUUGAAAUUGUUGCAGACGAUAGAUACUGCAGCAGUUUUGGAUCAAAAAUGGUGUUGUCAAAAAAUUGGUGAUGACUCUUUACUAGGGGUUGUAAAUGCUAAAAAUACGCUUGAAAUCUACAAAUUAACUACAAAUGAAAGUGAAGGUGUUAAAUUGGAGUUUUUUACGAGUUUUUCAACCGAAGUUGAAGCUACAGAAACAUUGUUUUUGUCUUUGGAUUGGUCCAUAGGAAAGUUUAUUAAUGACAGUGUUAAGAUAGUGUGUUCUACAUCUAAAGGGGAUGUUUUGUUGUUUGAGUUAAUAAAUAGUAAAAUAAAAUUGUUAUUUAAAUGCCAUUCACAUGAUUAUGAAGCCUGGAUAGCAGCUUUUUAUUAUUGGGAUCCAAAUAUAUUCUUUAGUGGUGGGGAUGAUUGUGUAUUCCAUAAAUACGACUUAAGAGUAGGAAAUUCUCCUAUUUCAAAAAAUAGAUCACAUGAAGCAGGGGUUACAUCUAUUCACUGCAACAUCUCCAAAGAAUUUAUACUUGCCACAGGUAGUUACGACGAAAAUAUAAGGAUUUGGGACAUAAGAAACAUAAAGCAGUGUACAUCUUCCAUAAAAAUGCCUGGACCUGUUUGGAGGGUGAAAUGGGACCCAUUUACUCAAAACAAUUUAUUAUCUGCAUGUAUGUUGGGUGGGGUACAUGUGAUAAACGCUGAGAAUAUUGAAAAUUUAGAAAUUGUGGAUAGUUUUUAUGAACAUAAAAACAUUGCUUACGGUGCUGAUUGGUGUUACUUACCACAAGACCGAAUAGAUGUGGACUUUAAUUUGAGUGAAAGUUGUAUUAUAGGUUCUUGUUCUUUUUAUGAUCAUUUACUGUGUGUUUCCAAAAUAAAAUUAAAUUUAAACUGAA